UCACCAUUAACGUUCAUUCCCAUUAAAACUCCAACUUUAUCAAACUCUCUAUUACAACCUCUUUCUAGCCAAGUCUCUACCACCACCACCACCACCGCCACCAUCAUGCAGUCUCUCUUCACACCAUCCUAUGCACCCUCAUCUUCUCUUCUUUUUGUUUCUAUAUUCUGUUUCUUGUUCCUCUUCUUCUUCUUCCUCCGGUGGCGCCACCCCAAAGACAAGCGUUUGCCACCAGGCUCAAUGGGUUGGCCUUACAUAGGAGAGACCCUCAAGCUCUACACUGAAAACCCAAAUUCCUUCUUUUCCAACAGACAAAAAAGAUAUGGAGAUAUAUUCAAGACCCACAUAUUGGGAUGUCCUUGUGUGAUGAUUUCAAGCCCUGAAGCUGCCAAGCUUGUUCUAGUGAGCCAAGCUCAUUUGUUUAAACCAACAUAUCCACCAAGUAAAGAGAAAAUGAUAGGACCAGAGGCUCUGUUUUUUCAUCAAGGGGCUUACCAUUCAAGGCUCAAGAAGUUGGUUCAGGCCGCUUUUCUUCCCUCUGCAAUCAGAGGAUCGGUCUCGGUGAUUGAGAAAAUUGUUCUUGAUUUUCUUCCAACUUGGGAACAUAAAACAACUGUCAACACUUUACAGGAGAUGAAGAGGUAUGCUUUUGAUGUGGCAAUGAUUUCAGCCUUCGGCAACAGCCGAGACUUGGAAAUGGAAGGAAUCAAAAACUUGUAUCAUUCCUUGGAGAAGGGAUACAAUUCCAUGCCUUUAAAUCUCCCGGGAACUCCCUUUCACAAAGCAAUGAAGGCAAGGAAGCUUCUGAAUGAGAAUCUGAGAAAAUUGAUACAAAAGAAAAGAGAAAGUGGGAGAGAAACUGGAGGACUGUUGGGGAUAUUACUGGGAUCAGAAGAAGACCGGAAGAAGCUUAAUCAUCUAACUGACACUCAAAUUGCUGAUAAUAUUAUUGGAGUUAUAUUUGCUGCUCAUGAUACCACUGCUAGUGUUCUAACAUGGGUUCUCAAGUACUUGCAUGACAAUAGGGACCUCUUGGAUUCUGUUGCAAAGGAACAAGACGAAAUUCGACGCAGAAUAAUCGAAGCCGACCGUGGACUUACGUGGGAUGAUACUCGUAGCAUGCCUUUGACUACCCGGGUGAUACAAGAGACUCUAAGAACAGCAAGUAUAUUAUCAUUCACAUUCAGGGAAGCAGUUGAGGACAUAGAAUUUGAAGGCUAUUUAAUCCCAAGAGGUUGGAAGGUUCUUCCUCUCUUCAGAACCAUUCAUCAUUCUGAAGAUUUCUUUCCUCAUCCCCAAAGAUUCGACCCUUCAAGAUUUGAGGUGCCACCGAGACCAAACACGUACAUGCCAUUUGGGAAUGGGGUGCACUCUUGUCCAGGCAGUGAGCUGGCUAAGCUUGAAAUGCUCCUCCUCCUCCACCACUUCACCACUUCUUACAGAUGGGAAGUCAUCGGAGACGAAGAUGGCGUACAGUACGGCCCUUUCCCUGUACCUAAAGGAGGCUUGCCCGUAAGGGUAUAUCAAAGGGUCAAGAGGUGAUCAUCCAUCCUACCAAGUUUAUGAUCUAAACAUCCAUCAAAACCAAUCAAAACGUUUGGUUUUUGGGGGGGAAGAGGGGAAGUGCAAAAGCAUGCACCCAAUUUGAGAUCAAUGUUUUUUUCAUUUUUGAUUUGUCAAAUUUAUUGAACAGAAUGCCCCCUGCAUUAUGUACGCAGUGCAAGCUUUUCUAGUUUGUUUUUAAGGUAUGGAGGGUGUGUCCCUGUGAUCUGUCUGUGCUUAUACUAUGCACAUGUAAAGCAACUUUGUUUUAUUAAUCACGCUUUGUUGUUAAUGUGUUUAUGUUUAGGUGA